GUCGAUUCGCUAAAGGCGAUUGAAAUGCGGCGGAUGUGCUUACGACCUCUGGCAUUCUCGGAUCGUCCUGGUCAUGAUGCAGACCCUUCGAAGCAUCUCGCAUCAACUACCACCUCUGGAGGAAGGCUUUGUGCGUGUGUACAUCUGCCGGCACGGGGAAACGGACUUCAAUCACCUCGGCAUCAUGCAAGGGCGGGGCGUGAAUUCGCAACUGAACAAGACGGGACAGAAACAAGCAGCAAAGUUGGCGCGAGCGUUCAAGGACAUUCCACUGAGUGCGAUCUACAGCAGUCGCUUACGUCGAGCGAGUGAGACGGCGUCGUACCUUCUCGACAAUCACCCCGGCGUCAAGUCGGGCGAGUUUGCGGAUCUGGAGGAGAUGAGCUUUGGCACCAUGGAAGGAACCGCUCGGUCGAGUCACGCGUCGGCGCUGCAGGACAUUUACGCCAAGUGGAAGCAAGGCAACGUGGACGUGACGUUUCCGCACGGAGAAUGUCCCAAGGACGUCGAGAAGCGCGGUGUCACUGCCAUCCACGACCUGGUUCGGACGGCCGCCGCCGAAAACGACGACCACGUCGCGUUCGUGUGCCAUGGCCGCUUCAACAAGAUCGUGCUGUCGUCGCUGCUGAGUGUUCCGUUGGAAAACCCGAAGCUGGCCCAAGACAACACGUGCAUCAACAUAUUGGACUUCGACCGACGCACCGAAACCUACACGGCGCGAGUACUCAACCACACCAAGCAUUUGACUGCCACGACCGCGUGACAGCCCAUGUUGUCGUGUGUGAAUUUAUUACUAUUUCCUAUUGUUCCCUUUAUUUGAACCAGCAUACUAUUACCAUUGCAUUUCGUCGAAACCUUCUUAUUAAUAGUGAUUAGUUGCCG